CUGCUUUAACACAUUGAAAAAAUGAAGCUUCAUAUGUACUUUUCAUGAUUCCUUGAAAUGGAAACACCCUGAAAUAUAGUAUCAUUAUUACUUCUCUAGAAAAGGUUGAACAGUCUGCAAUGUCUGAGAAUUUUCCCUAUUAGCUGCCACAUUAGAACUCAUUUUAUCCAUGACAAUUGGUAGGAAAGAAAUUAAAGAGUGAUAUUGUGAUGACAUUACGUGAUAAAUGUUAAGUGUAAUGUCAUUAUGGGAAUGGAAGAACACAAGAUGAACUUAGAGAUAGUCCUGCACCAUGCUCAAUGUUUUAGUAGUGGAAGCUAGAGAAAAAUACAUUUUUUAAAGGGGUGGGGUAGGAAGGAGAUUAAAGCAAAGUCAUUAUGACAUGUUAUCUCUGGAUAUGGAUCUAAUUACCAUGGAAAUCAGAGAGCCUAUUGAUUUAUGAAACACAAUACUUCAAGUUAUGCACACAUACUUGUACAUAUUCACAAAUCUGAAUAUGUUCAGAGAUGAAUAUGCCCGGUGAUGACAAUUAUGUACUUAUUGGAAAAAAAAUACAGCAGGGAACUUAUAUAAUAAAAUCACAGCACUCCCUUUCCUGUAAGUAUCUGUUAUGACAUGACGCAAGUUAUUCAUGCCUCUAACUCACAUGAAACUCAGCUAUGCAUAAACAUUAAUUGAUGGAUGCCUGAGAAGGGUGUAGUCUCUUUAAAAAGAUUUUUAAAGAAUGAUAAGCUGUCACAGACAACUAAGCAGGAACAAACUAUUGAUAUGGCAUUCCAUCCAUAAUCACACAAUUAUACACAGGAAUUUUUAAUUGUGGGGAGACAAACUCAGAGGCAAGCUUGUAGUUCUACCCUUCUUAAGUUUAUGGAAACUUUUUGGCAGCCAAAUUAAUCGAUAAUUGCAUAUAAAUUAUGACAAAUAAUUAUAAGGGUAUGCAAACUAUAAGAAUAUAUUUUUGCCCAAUAUAUCAGUUCCUAGGAUUCUUGCCGAUAUGGCUGCUAACAGCUACAGUCUUCCUGUGUCUGGAGGAAAUCAGGUGUCAGCCCUUUGAGAUAGGCCAGGUCAGGAAAGUGAUAUCACAAGAAAUACAGAAAAUAUUUUAUUGAUACAGGCUUUACAAACAGAAUCUUGAAAGCCUGACACAAUUUUCUCUUCUCUCUCUCUUUCCUGUAACAAAGACAGUCAAGAUGGGUGAUCUUGAGUUUCUUUUUCAUGCUUUGUUUUCACAGGCUAAGUUCAUGUUUUACUUAUGAUUGCCCUAUAUCUAUUUGCAGCAGUUUAAUACAGUUGUCGUAAGCUAUAUUGCCCAUCAAUUCAUCUCUCAGGGCACAAGCAGUUUCUUAAUUGAAAGUUUCUCGAAGCUUAUGGACUGUUGCUCUGAGAAAGAUAGGGUUUCUCAACUUUGGCAACUUUAAGACACAAGGAGUCAGUUCCCAGAAUGCCCCCAGCCAGCAUGGAAUUCUGAAAGUUGAAGUCCACACAUCUUAAAGUUGCUAAGAUUGAGAAACAAUGUCUCAAGGUGCUGGACUAGGAAUGGGGAGGCCUAGAUUCUAGACCUUUAUUAGGCAUGGAAUCCAGCUGGGGGACUUUGGCCAGCCAUGUCUUCUGUGUCCUAAUUAGGGUCAAGGUCUGCACUCAGUAGUUUGCAACAAAACCUCUCAUGCCUCAUCUGCUGAUAAAAUUUACUAAGCAGGACAAGUGCUUAGAAGAAUGUGUAUUGUUGUUCUGGUCUGUCCUCUGUCUCUCAAAUUAGCUUAAUCACCCAAAAAAUAAUGACUGGAAGAGCAGUGCAGGAAGUUUCAAAUAGAUAAAUGUGCUUAAUUCAUUUGAUAUCAUGACUUAUCUAAAAAUUGUAAGAUUCAUUUGCUGCCCAUUUCCUUCAAAAUGAUUCUUUGAAAUUUAGUCUAAGAAAUAGUGAUUGAUAAGACAGGGGAAGAAAGGGGUGAAUAAUUGCAAGGCAUGCAAAGAGAGACCCCAGGUUAGCUUUCUGCGCUUGCCUUUUGCUGGAGAAGAAUAUUGAAAUGUUUAUUUUAUGUAAGCUAUUUCUGUUGCCAAUCAUCUCACCAAAAAGACUCUAGACGGGCGCCCAUACACACACAACAGCAUUAUUUACAAAAUGGUAUUCCAAAAUAGUAAAUCUUAAUGUCAGUACUGCCUCGCUUGUCAUACAAGACCAUUGCUACUGCUUUCCCAACACCAUUUAGGGCCAAAAUAGCGGGGAAGGGAGGGCAAGGAAGAGCUAUAAGGAGCGUGCCUCGCCCUCCCCCUCGCCCUCCCCCUCGACCCCAAUUUCUUGACGCUUGAAACCAGGACUCGGCUUUAGAAUUCGUAUUUAAACAAUACCGCUGAGCAAAUGCGGAAGGGUUAAUUGGCUAACUGCUUUCUGAUUCUGCCUGGCGCGGCCUUCGCUGCUGGGACAGCAGAGAAUGGGCUGCUCCUAAACAGGAAAGGCGUUUUUUCCUUCUGAAGUCUCAAUCGCUUCUUGACUUUCCCGCAACUGCCACGUGAACCCAGCAACGCCCAGCCGCUAGCUUCCCUUUGCAGGAACAAUCCAGCUCUGCCUCGCCAGCUGACGCCUUUCCCCAGUCACAAUGAUCCAGAUAUGGACCGGGAGGCGCGGAGCGGCGCCACCCGCAGCUGCAGUCAAGAAGUGGAACUGGACGGUUCAGGUCAUCAUGUGUCCGGCAGCAACGCCCACCUAUUCCCUCCUCUCUGCCGGCUGCAUUUUCCCAGGAGCUUAGGAAGGACUGGAGGAGGAGGAGGAGGGGCGCGGUGCUCACGUGGAAAAGAAUUGCAGCGUGACGCCAAAGGGGAACCCGCCGGGAGGGAUUCCCUCAGAGUAGGGGAGCAUGACUGCAUGGCCUCUUCUAAAACGAAAAACCAUUUUCAAAAUUAACUGGAAAGACUAAGUUAUACCUGAAGACAAGGUCUUAAGUCAAGCCUUGCAAGAUGGCACAGAAGAAAGGGGCUGCAGCUUUGCUCAAGUCACCGGCUCCUGCAUGCAAACCCCAAAAGCAGUUUCCCAUAGCUCUGGGCUACAAGAUGGAUCAGGCUUUAAUUUCUGAAUAUGUUCCUAUGGUCAUACAUUCAGGAGGACUUAAGCCUGAGUAUCUUAGCUUUGCCUUCUAUAACCCUAAUUACUCCAAUUCAUACAAUCCAUUUUACACUUUACAAAAACCAACCUGUGGCUACCGGUAUUGUCGAGACACUGACCACCGAAGGAAGGUCAUGGAUAUUGAGAGAGUAAAUAUUCCGAAAUGGAGAACUAUUGUGGGGAAAAAGCCAGGUGUGGCUUCGGAAGGCUCAAAAGUCUGAAACAGCCGUGCAUUUCUCCUGAGACUUUCCUAACAGCAUUCUGAUUCAAAAUCUGAACUUUGUCAUCCUCCAAGCAUGUCUAAAAGGAGAUGCUGUGGGGGCUUUGAAAGAAAGAGUUCUGCCUUAUAGCAAGAGCUUCUGGAACCAAUAAUGAUGGAAUAAGUCAAGUCCUACAAGAGAGCCACCUUACUUUGGCUUUGAAACAUCUACAGCUGUAGAUCUCCCACCAGCCAGAAAAGCACCAAAAUGAAGAUCAAAUGAGCAGAUACUUUUCUCUCUGUUGUUUUGUUUACUACAUAUAUUUAUUAAUCCCAGAGAAACAGGGAGAACUAAAGCUAAAGCAAUUUAAGAUUUGCUUUGUCCAGCCAAGCAUAGUUCCAGAUAUUACAAUGAAAGAACCCCCCCACAAUACUCCCCAUUCUAUUCUAUGAG